AUCCUGUGUCUUCAAGAAGUCCAGGAGGACCACUAUGAAAACCAGAUCAAACCUGCUCUACAGGCACUAGGUUACCAGUGUGAGUACAAGAAGCGAACAGGAAGUAAACCAGACGGUUGUGCUGUUAUCUUUAAAACCUCCCGCCUGUCGCUCCUUUCCUUCAAUCCCGUUGAGUUUUUCCGCCCCGGUGACGCCCUCCUCGACCGGGAUAACGUGGGACUGGUUGUGCUGCUGCAACCUAACGACACCGUGGGCCAGUCAGAUCCCUCCACCUUCAUCUGCGUCGCCAACACUCACCUCCUCUACAACCCUCGCCGUGGUGACAUUAAGCUGGCCCAGCUGGCGAUCCUAUUGGCUGAGAUCAGGAAGCUGUCCUGCCUCCCGGACGGGUCGACCAAUCCGGUUGUGCUGUGUGGGGACUUUAACUCCACCCCCUGGAGUCCGCUGUACAGCUUUCUGACCACAGGCCGCCUGGAGUACCGAGGACUGCAGAUCGGCAUGGUGUCGGGACAGGAAAACAUCCCCAGAGGUCAGCGUCUCCUCACGUCUCCAAUCUGGUCUCACAGUCUGGGAAUCAACCAUCAGUGUCAGUACAGGAACAAAUCCUCUGCUGAGUCCUCCCCCAGCAGCCCCACAG